AUGAGAUAUGUCCUAUUUUAUACCACAAAUACAGAGGGUUCGGGAUGCGGUGCAUGGAACAGAAGUGCAACAUUACUUCUCCUAGAAGAUUAUAGGAUAAUCUCGAAGAAAGUUGAAGCUGGUCAAAAAACAAAGAAAUCCAUGUGGAAUGAAAUCUCAGCAAAUCUUAAGAAAAGGGGUUACAGCUAUACACCAGACCAAGUUAGUGGAAGAUUUAAGACUUUGGUAAGGGGUUAUAAAAACUUCAAAGAUCAUCAGAAGAAAAGUGGGAAUGGAACAAAAGCUUUUGAAUAUAAAGAAGAAAUGGAAGAAUUAUUGGGGCAAGAUCCUGCAGUUGUACCAGUAAUAACACUGUCCAGCACAGCACAGAAUGCUACAGAUAUUGAUGAUAGUCUAGACUCCAGUAGAGACGGAGAUGAAACUGAAGAUACCACUAGUGCAGCAAGUAAUGCAACAGUCUCUGAAUCUUCCAAGAGAAAGAAGCCAAAUACAAAUGAUCCUGUCGAUGCAAACAAGAACAGAAGAUGUUCCUCGAGAGCUGAUGUUAUCCAGUCUUUAAAUGAUUUUAUGAAAAAUCAAGAGUCAGAAAAUGAAAAGAAAGAAGCUCGACAUAGAGAAAAACUUGAUGUCUUGAAAGAGUUGGUGGGAGCUUUAAGCAAGAAAUGA